AUGGAAACCUGCCUAGCUGAGACAAAGAGACAAGCUUACCGCUUCCCGUUGCCGCGGCAACGCGGCCAGGCCUUCCGGUGCCCGCCGGAAACGGGGCGGCGCCGCGCCUCCCGUUGCCGUGGCAACGCGGCCCGGCCUUCCGGCGCGGCGGGCGGCAGCAUGGCGGCGGUGGGGGUGCGCCCGCCGGCCGCCGCCGCCCUCACGCUGCUGCUCUCGCUCGCUGCGUCGGCACCGGGGCUGCUGUGGGGGCCGCCCGCCGCCCGCUCCGCCGCCUCGCUGCGCCCCGCCGCCCUGCGCGCGGGGGAAGUUCACAGAUUAGUUACCUACAUCUUUAUCUAUGAAGACCUGAUAUCUUUGACCUGCGGUGCCAUUAUCAUCUGGUAUUUUGCUGGCAGCUUUGAGAAGAACAUGGGCACUGUGAAGCACUGCUUCUUCACCAUUGCAUUCGCUGUCCUGACAGCUCUCUCAUACCUCUUACUCGAGACUGUUGUCUCGAGGAUGGGAGAGGUGGAAGAUGCCAAAGGGUUCAUGCCAGUCGCUUUUGCUACACUCGGCGUGUCCACCACCCGCUCACGGAUAAAGAGGGCCCUGAUUUUGGGGGUUAGGAUCCCGGUGGUGCUGGUGCCAUGGUUUAUGCUCUGCAUGGCCUGGUUUAUCCCUCACUCUUCUUUCCUGAGUAACCUGUGUGGGCUGUUGGCUGGGGAAGCCUAUGGUCUUGGAUACUGUUUCUGCUUGGAUAUUCCAGAAUCAGUGGUCUCUAAACUGGAUCGGAUGUUCCCUUUCAGUCUGCUAAGGAGAAUACCAGGGCUGAAAUAUAUUCCAGGGUCCUUAGCGGAGAGAAGAGCCUCUGAAAGCAGCAAGGUUAACCCUGUGCCAGGCUCCUACCCCACACAAAGCUACUACUGCUCUUCGCCUCCAGCUCUUCCUGCUUUCCAGAUGCAGCACCCCAGUGUGCAGAGCCAGGGAUUUCAGCCGAGUUCUGCUCUGGGAUAUGGCCAUGUUAUGACACGUGAGGGAUCUCAGGACAGCUGUGUUCCAGGAUACAGCCUCACUUCUUCCCCCUACCAAAUCAGAGGUGCCUUUGGAGACUGCUGCAUCCAAACCCAUGCUGGAGCCUCGCCUGGACAGUGUUGCCAGCCAGCUGAGUCCUCUUCCCACCAGCAUCUGUGCGUGUCUGAUUCACAGAUACCUGUGGGCAUGGAGCACCGGGCUGGGGUUCAGCAGGCAUCAGGGUAUCCAACAGCCACAGCAGCUCCAGUGCCAGCUGAACUCUUGAAAAUCCAGGUAUACUGAUGCUCCAGAAAGCAGCAGGACUCAUACCAUGGUGGGACCAUUGUGUGUGAUGCUUAUGCAUCAACGCAUUGCUGACAUCUUUGCUGUGCCUGGGGUGACUGGCUAAAUUGGCUGAUAGGCCUGAUGCAGGCCAUUCACCCCUCUCCCUAGCACAGGCUACUUUAUUUAUAGUUCCUUUAUAAUUUUGAUACUUUUUAGUAUUGCUGGGGGACUAUAUCACCUCUUGGCACUUCUCUCUGUCUUGGAGUCUCUUCUUAUUCCUGCCUUUAGUAACUGUCUUUUUCCAUUCACCCACUACAGUGUAUCUGUUCCCUGGCUUGAAGUACAGGUGGAAGCUAAUAGUCAAAACACUGAACUAAUUUGGGGCUGAACCAGGCCAUAGGGAUUAGGACAUGUCCUAUCUACACUUACACUCUUAGCCUUUUAUCUCACUGGCAGAUGUGAUUUAACUAGGACCCAAGAGAGGCUAAAAUCAUGGUAGCCUUGAAUUAUAACUUAAUAUGUGGAGUGGGACAUCUCUCCUACUAGUGACUUCUUCCACUAAGAGUAUGCCUUGAAGGGAGCUUAUGAAGCCAAGGCUGGGGGAGGGGGAUAAAGAACACAAUUUUCUGCUCCCCAAAACCUAUUUUUAAGUGCUGACAGUCUGUUCUUAUGUUUUGUUCUUAGCUACAGUCUGUGCAUGCACAGAGAUGUUGCCUUCGUUAUCUCUAAUAGCGCACAAGGAACCUCAGAUACAUGCAAAGUAACAGAAGACCCUUUAAUAAGGGAUUUAGGGCAUUCAGGGAGCAUAUUUCAGAUAAUCUAAGGAGACAGAAGGGACCUUAAGUGCAGGUUAGAAGAAUUAACUGGAAUGUAGCUAUUCCAGUAGGGGUGGUGCAGUGAACACUACUGCACUUUGCGUAUCUCACCCACCAACUUUAGGACAAUCUCCAUCUGUUUUCUUUAGUGCUGGUGAAAACAAAAGCAAGUGGGAGAUGGGAGUUUCCAGAGAGGGACUGAGAACAGCAUGCAGCAUGUGGGGCCUGUGGUAGUAAUAGAAGAGUUUGGUUGAGUUGCUGGGACUUGCAGGGCGAGAGCUUUACUUCCAGCUGUGUCGCUGUCUCACUGUGCCAUGCCCAGGAGGAAUCUGCCAUCUCUCUUUCUGUAAGCAGGUGGAAUCUGAACUAUUGCCAUUGUUUUACUGCUUAGAUGUUUGUUUUGCCCCCCUCCAAAUGCUUUGUGAACCACAAAGUGCCAUUAGUGGUUUUGGAAGAGUUCUUGCAGGGCCUAACCUGUUACCCCCAAGGACUGCAAUAGCGUUUGCACUGUUCCAUGCUCUCUUUGGGGCUAGGGGAAGAGUUAAGGUUGGGAGACAGUGUAAGCAUUGGUGGUUGCAUGCUCCAAAUUAUGUACGUGCUUCUUUGGUGCCUGAAGAAGCCACGUGUACAGCCAGCUGUACAGCUGCUUCUCCAGCAGCUCUUCUGGGACGGCUGCUACAGUAACAUGGCUUUGCAGAGGCUUUCUUUGGGGGAAGCCCAAAGUGAGGGCUGAGGACUUGAACCUCAGGUUUGUGUUAGGAAGAAGCUCUGCUUGCAAAGACAGAGGAUGCUGGGCAGGGGCUUUCUGAAGGAAGAUGCUGCAAUCUGGAAACCAGCUCGUGGGACUUCCAAAAUCGGUAGCCAGCUUUAUCUCACCCUGAUUGCUUCACCUCUGUGUGUGUGGGAUCACAGAUGGACUUGGCGCCAUGGCUCUGACUUUGAUUAGCUGCUGACAGCGAUUGCCGUGUUGUGUGUUUAGUACGGAGCAAGAACAGGAUGAGAGGCUUGCCUGGAACUUUAAAGGAUGUUUUUAAUACGAGGAAGGAAAUGCUAAUGAUAAUCAUUGAAAUGUUGAUUAGUGCCUUUAUUUUCGUCCUUGUGAGAUUUUUUUUCUGUAAAUCUAUGAUUUUUACUACUGCUGUUUCCAGAGGUGUGUGGAAAAUAUAGCAGGGUGAUGAGGAUGAGUAGCAGUCGCAACUGUUGUGUACCUUCAAACCAUAAGCUUGAAAUACAAUCUGGAAGACAAACGA